GUCAGUUUACGAAGACAAAUAGAAUAGGAAAAACCCAAAAAACCGAGCUCCCUUGUCGAUUUUUAGAAUAAAAAUAUUCACGCGGUAGCACUUUAAAAAAAAUCUUAAAAUCCCAACCGCUGGCCACCACAUUUUUCGCAAACCGAAAGGGGGGGCCGCCGGCUUGUUAGUGCGCAAAAUCGGACCGGCGUGCUGUUAAAAAUAAACGUCAGUCGAGUCGAUUUUAGUCCCUAAUCCAAGUUUCGCAAGGAGGUCUCGCUGAAAUUUGCCAUCAUUUUUUUCGUACGCCAGGUGUAACAGUAAUUAAGUAACUAACUAAUCGGGGGCCCCUUCUCGGAUCGUUAAAUCCACAAGAUCACUUCACGACGUUAAAACUCAUUUAAAUGGCUUUUCUUCGUACGGUGAGCCGGUCUAGUGUAUCCAAGAAAUACGGUUUGUUGAUCGAUAAUUUAAAUAGCGGUUUCGGUGGUAAAAUCGAUGUGAGUCAAGCCGUGUGGAAGUCCACGGCAGCCGCUACUACCCUCAUUCAAGAACAGCAAAAGCAGCAGACUGUGCAGCAAAGUCCCAGGGACCCUCUCGAUUUAUCGUUCGAAGAUGCCAAGGCUGCAUUUAAGAGCAAGACUAAUUGGGAGCUCAUUAGGGCACUCGUCGUCUACCAGAUAUGCUCCUAUGAGACGAUUGUGGCAAAUAACAUGAAGCUCAUGAAACUAUGUAGAGGCAUUUUGGGAGAAAAACUGUUUAUAGCCCUAAUGAAAGCGACAUUUUACGGGCAUUUCGUGGCAGGCGAAGAUGAGUUCAAGAUCCGACCGAAGUUGGAGCGAUUGCGAUCCUUCGGAGUGAAGCCGAUUCUUGAUUAUUCAGUGGAGGAAGAUAUCUCACAAGAGGAGGCCGAGAAACGAGAAGUUGAGGCUUCUGUACCAGCUGCGGGCGAUACGCUGGAUGACGGCUCCUUAAAGCAGUACCACGUGGACAAGACUUUUGCCGACAGACGGUACAAGGUCCAAUCAGCUCGUACCUAUUUUUAUCUUAAUGAGGCGACCUGUGAAAGAAACAUGGAAACCUUCAUUAAGUGCCUGGAGGCCAUCGCUGACUACCAGAAGAGCAACCCAGGCGCCACCUAUGGCACCGGCAUUACCGCCAUUAAACUUACUGCAUUGGGCAGACCACAACUUUUGCUUCAAUUAUCUGAAGUAAUCAUGCGUACGCGCCAAUACAUGGCCGAAAUCGUGGGCGGCGAAGGCAACGUUUUAACGCAUCAUACGAAACCGGAAGAGCUAGAAUCGAAAUUUGAGAAAAUUCAGGAUAAAGAGUCCCUGAGAAAGUUCUUGACCCAAGUGACAUACGACAAAGAAGGUAUUCUCCAUUUGUUCCCUUGGUCCGGCAUUAUCGACGAAAACCAAGAAUUGAGUAACACCUUCCGAGUUCCAAACUUAAAAACUGGACGUAUGGAUAGGCUAAUCACCCAACUCUCUACAAAAGAAGAGGAGAUGUUUAGAAAUAUGAUUAGAAGGAUAAACACCAUUGUAAAAGCGGCACAGGAAAUGGACGUGCGCAUAAUGGUAGACGCGGAACAAACGUAUUUCCAGCCGGCCAUUACUCGAAUCACGUUGGAAUUCAUGAGGAAAUACAACAAAGAUAAGGCCAUCGUUUUCAAUACCUACCAGUGUUACCUGAGGAACGCCUUGAGUGAGGUUACUACCGACUUGGAGCAAGCGAAACGACAAAACUUUUAUUUCGGUGCGAAGCUCGUGAGGGGGGCUUACUUAGAGCAAGAACGAGCUAGAGCCGCAGCCAUGGGCUACCCAGACCCUACUAAUCCCAACUUCGAAGCGACCACCGACAUGUACCACAAAACGCUCACCGAAUGCCUCAGGAGAAUCAAGGCCUUCAAAGACAAGGGCGAAGAGAAGAAGAUCGCCAUCAUGGUCGCCUCUCAUAACGAAGACACUGUGCGAUUUGCAAUCGAGCAAAUGAAGAGCUUCUCGAUCGAGCCGGCCGAUAAAGUAAUUUGUUUCGGACAACUGUUGGCCAUGUGCGAUUAUAUUACCUUCCCGUUAGGUCAGUCCGGUUACUCAGCUUACAAAUAUAUACCGUACGGACCCGUAAACGAAGUAUUACCUUAUUUGUCUAGAAGAGCACAUGAAAACAAAGGUGUCCUCAAGAAGAUUAAGAAAGAGAAGAGACUGUUAGCUAAAGAGAUCUUAAGGCGAAUGGCCACCGGUCAAAUUUGGUAUACGCCCAAGGGCAAUUACGUUCCAGUAUAAAUUAUUGAAAUGUUCCUUCUUUGAAGACACUCUCGAAAAAAAAGUACUUUAAGGGCUGCCACCGCUCCACGGCCCACCGAUUUGUUAUUUGUAGAUAGACUUUAAGUAGAUAGAGAAAAGUAUUGUCCCAAAAUUUGGUUAUUAAAACAGCAAAAUAGCCUGCAAGUUCGGUAGAUGUGAAUCUGAGUAUAUAAAAAUACUAAUAAUAUAGCCUCAUGGUUUAUGCAAAAACAUUGGCCUCAGAUACAUUGUCACCUAACUUGUCAACAAUAGAUCGGUCAGUCUGCGUGAAGAUUUGAAUGCAGAGGCCUAAAUUCGCGUUAUCGAUUAUAAGUUAAUAAAUAAAUAAUAUAGUCAAUUAAGGAAAAAAAACCCAAAAUAAUAAUAAGCAGGGUUCGUUAAAGGCUGAUGAUGGUAGAGCUGCGAGGGGAAGUUUGAAAAAAUUAUAUAAAAUAAACACUGCUCUAGUUUUAUUUUUACGUAUGUAUACGAGCUUUCAAAGUUCUCACUCCCUAUAGAACAAUUCGCUUCACGCAGACUUAUUUGUUUACAUAGUCUUAUUUGCUUAAAAUAAUAUUCUAUCAAAAAAAACUUGUACAAAGUAUUCUUUGUAUGAAUGUUUGUGAACAUGAUCCUAAAUUGAUUUUGAUUUUUGUAAAAGUCUAUCGAGAAUAAAACCACAUUUUCGAACAAUUCGCGGGCCAAGUGCACAUUUAUGACGAAUUUUUUUUCAAUAACAGGGAUGAGCACGCAUAGUAUAACUUUCAUAUAAUUUAACAACACAUAAAAAAGAAAGUAGGAAAAAUGUGGACACAGUAGCUUUGUAUAAACACAAAAAUGACACUACUUAUGUCAGGGUGAAAUUUAAUUUUCUAAAUAGAGUGCACCUAACCUGGGAAUUGAUUGAAAAUGUAGCUGAAAUGCCCUUGUUGAGUUGAAUUUGUGUAAAAUGUUUUAAUAUAAAAUAUAAAUUUUGCAAUCGAUAUGACUUUUACUGUCGUAUCUAAUUUUUCUUCAUUCAAUAACAAUUCCCUUCAGAUGGUCAGACAACAGUGCUGUUAAGUUUCUUUCUUCAAUUUUCCCCCCUAGCAUUAAGAUAUUUGUUCCUUCGUUAUUUAUUAUCCCAUUUGAUAUUUCAGAUCAAGAAAUGAUAUUAAACCCUUUUAAAGUUGUGUUUUAGUCCUUUCAUUUAAAUGAUAGUAAAAAAUACCCUUUUAUGUAUUUCGACACGCGUUAUGAUUUAUUUUUAGAAUUGUUUUAGCCUGUGAUUUGGUAUAGAUUAAUUUAAUUAAAAAAACAUCCCUCCGUACCUUUAGAUUUUUUUUAAUGUUUUUUUUGGUGUGAUUUAAAUAAAUGUAAUUCAAAUUUA